AUCAGCCCGCAUCCCGCACCCGCAACCCCAUACAGCCCCUCGCCAUGCCGCCUCGACUGUGCGCAGCCUUCUCGCUGCUGUCCAUUGCGCCCAAGCCAGCAGUCACGCCCGUCAGGCCAUUUCUCGUCCCCGCCCAGCAGCGAUGCGCGUCCAUCCUGUCGGCGCUCUCGGACAACAAGGGCGCCUACAACAAGAAGAUCCGCCGCGGCCGUGGGCCGGCCUCGGGCAAGGGAAAGACGGGAGGGCGUGGUCAGAAGGGUCAGCAUGCGCACGGAAAGGUGCCCGCGGGCUUCGAGGGUGGCCAGACGCCUGAGAGCAUUACAAGGCCGGAGAGGGGGAGGGGCGUGUACAAUCCAUUCAAAGUUGAAAUGUCGCCCAUCAACCUCGACCGGAUACAAUCGUGGAUCGACCAGGGCCGCCUCGACCCCUCGAAGCCCAUCACCAUGAAGGAACUGCACAAGUCGCGCUGUCUGCACGGCGUCAAGCGACACGGCGUGAAGCUGCUGGCACGAAACCCUGAGCAACUGACGUCUCCGAUACACAUAGUCGUGUCCCGCGCCUCCGCCGAAGCAAUAGCCCGCAUCGAAUCCCUCGGCGGCAGCGUCACGACCCGCUUCUACUCCCCAACAAGCAUCAAGCGUGUGCUACGCGGCGACUCCCACCCCACCAUCUCGCUGCAAUCGCCGCCGUCUCUGAUAGCGCUGGCAUCGACGUCCAACGCCAACUUGAUCCCCUCUCCCAUACUGUCCGCCCUUGAAUCCGCCCCGGAAGAAAACAAAAAGGACGCCCUGAUCGCCGUCAUGAAGCAUGUCAACCAGCAAUUCAAGUACAGGCUACCCGACGCAACGGCGAGAAAGGACAUUGAAUACUACCGGGACCCCGCCCACAGGGGCUAUCUCAACUACAUGGUCAAGGACGGCGAGAGCCCGAGUUUGUUCUUCAAACCGCCAGGCGAGGCCAAGGAUCGAAAGAAGCAGAGUGCCAGGCGCGACGCGGCCAAGGCUAGUGCUGACAACCGUUUGUUCUAGUUGUUGUGCUGAGUUGGAUUGGCGGGAGGGAGCCUGGUGUAUGUCUCAUGUAACUGUACACACAUCUAUAGGUCUUAACAAGACCUCGAUAUUGCGAAUAGCAAGGCCUGGUGCAGGCGAUGCAUUGGGAAGGUGGUUUUGCAAACUCGUUUGCUCCUUGUCCGUUGUGAUAGCGGAAUUCCUUGUGAUAUUGCAUCCAGACUGUGUGUUGUGAGCUGAACCACGCACGGUGCUACAAGUAAUGCAUCUUCUCGUCCGGUAAUGGAAGAACAACGUUCAAGACACUAUACCCCAAUGCACAAACUUCAGACCGGUAUAUACACAUGCCACACCCUCAGGAAACAGAGUUCGACGCAGCGUCAGCCACUUGUGUGACAGAUACGGGUACUUGUCGUAAGCACUACAAUCAACAUAUAUGUAUACUCCCAAUCAAGCAAUGCAUCAAGCUGUGAGUUACAAAGCUGACCCGUGUAUCUAAUAUG